AUGUUGGCCGUUUGUUUAAUUCUCCCCAUGAGUGGACUAGUUCACGCUCAAGAACCAAACUCAAGUCUCACAGCGGUGCUUCUCAUCCCGCCAGACUUCGAAGCGAUCGAAGUAGCCACAGCUCUCUCUGUGCUCGUUGAAGCGGGAAUCACUGUGAUCACAGCUUCGACCACAGCGGAUGUGAACCCAAUUCAAGGAUUGACCAAUGUGCAAAUCAUACCUGACAAAGCGUUACCUACCUUGAACGAACCGCUGUACACAGCGCUCCUAUUAACAGGCGGAGAAGCGGCCGUUUGGAAUAUGAUUGAGAACCCGCCCCUGUUGGAUUUGAUUCAAUUCUACGGACAUGAGAAUCGUGUAAUCGGGGCUAUAAAUAUUACACCGAAACUGUUACAGGCUUGUGAUGUUUAUCGAGGUCACACAAUCACAGCUUCAUGGGCCGUUCGACGCUACUUGUCAAUUUAUCGAUUCCGGUAUCGUAAGGCACAAGUGGACCGUUUGUUGGUGACCGGAUCCAGUACAGGACACAGUAUCCCCUGGGCGUUUGCUCUAGUGGCACGUUUGCUAUCCGAUCAAUUUGCGGCAAAACUGGCCCAGCAGUGGUUCAAUCCCGUCUGA